AAAAAGAGAGAAUUAAAAGUGCGGAGGGAAUGGAUGGAUGGAUCAGAAUGGAUGAAGAAAGUUAUUUCGCAUUCUUCCAAUUGCAGAAUUAAAGUAUAUCCUGCUUAUUGUAUUUACUUGCAACCAACGAAAAUCGAUUCAUUACGAAACAUUCCUGCAAUAUUGUAGAAAUAUCACUGUUGCGAAACAAAACGUCAACAUAACCAAACAAAGGCAAACCAAUUUAACAUCAACUUUGAGCCAAGAAGCCUCGCUGUUUUUGAAAUGGAUACCUCAAAUAAUUUUACUCUACGCGGUGGUGAUGCAGCAUUCGCCAACAGGCAGCAGGCAUUAUUCGAUCAGCUCUUGAUUGCGGAAAGUAAGUGCAAUAAACAUGAUAAACUGGAGACGGACAAUAUGGAAAUGGUCGAACGAAGGAAAAGGCCAGCCCCAAGUGACGACCGGAGGCAGAAGAGGGAAACAAAGAGGUUUAGCGGUAAGGAGAGUAUCUUCAAGCGUCCAGAAGGUCCGGCGCCACGCACGAAUUUCAGAAAUAUUCCGGACUAUCAUAGAAAUCCACACAAAUGGGUCAAGUAUUCUCUGGAUGACGUAUCCAGCGAAGACAUGACGGAGCACAGUAACACACAGGCUGCUAUGUCAUUCCUGCGAGAAUUAAAGGCUCGUAGGAAGAAAGAGGAAAUUGACGAAUGUGGAGAGGAGAUGGACGUUGAGACUUGCGAAUCAAAUUCUACAGAGACGCGAUUUAAGAAAAGGUCAUCGUCGUCUCAGAUCACAUUUAAAAAGCCACGAACGAGAGAGACAAUGGAAGAUAUUGCAGAGCCCGACGACAAGCCUAUAUUCAGAAGUAGUAAGAUCAUUUUGCCAGAAUACGUGAUCGGACAGAAACCAAAGAAGACAUGUAAACAGAAUCGACCAGUGAUUAAAGUCGAUCGCUCGAAAGAACUUAAACUAGAUCAUUUACGAGAACCAGAUGAAGAGGAAGAUGAUUGAAACGAAUGUACAGUACAUAAAAUUGUAUAAAUGCAAAUAUAGAGAAACUGUAAUUGUGGAUAUUCGCUUGAAAAUAAAACAAUUCACAAGCAUUUAUAUAGGUCCUCGUACUAAUUACAUAGAAAAUUAGAUUCUGGUGAAAUUAAUUAAUUUUUACGUAUAUAUAAC